ACAAAUUAUUAUCCUUUUCCUUUUGUCUUUAUUGUUAGGAUACGUGGUACUAAUUAUCCCAGUCCUCAUGGCAUCCCCAUUGAUCUAUUGGACCGAUUAUUAAUAAUAUCAACAAAGCCUUACACUGAGAAAGAAAUAAAGCAAAUACUGACCAUCAGGUGUGAGGAAGAGGAUGUUGAAAUGAGUGAGGAAGCUCUUGAGAUACUAACACGUAUAGGCAUGGAGACCUCACUCCGAUACUCCAUUCAACUGAUAACAGCUGCUAGCCUUGCUUGUAGGAAGAGAAAGGGUACUGAGGUUGAUGUUGAUGACAUCAAGAGGGUCUACUCUCUAUUCCUUGAUGAGCACAGAUCAACCCAAUUCCUUCAAGAGUACCAGGACCAGUUCCUAUUCAGUGAAGACACGUCCAAACCCCCAGCUCCGCCUCCUUCCAAUGAGCAGAUGGAGACAGCUUGAGCUCACUUGACGUGUAUCAGUCAGAAAGCUGUAACCUUGUACAUAAGCAAAACUGCUAACACAUACAGUACACACAUACUUGACCAUUUUCUUUCUAUUUGGAUGAGUCACUUACUAAUAAUUAUAAGUGAACUUGUGAAUAA